CAUUUUAACGAAGUUUUAUAUAAAUUUGGUGGAUUGGUAGAUGAGGCCCGAAGUCGUGUGAUCUCCAUUCGAAGGAGUAGCUCUUCCCUCUUGUUUCGAGUCGCUGCGGGUAACCCUGUUCAUGGAUCCGUACAAGUACCGCCCAUCAAGCGCCUUCAAUUCUCCCUUCUGGACUACAAGUUCUGGUGCUCCGGUGUGGAAUAAUAACUCAUCUCUAACUGUCGGAUCUAGAGGUCCAAUUCUCCUGGAGGAUUAUCAUCUGGUAGAGAAGCUUGCAAACUUUGAUAGGGAACGCAUUCCUGAACGUGUUGUCCAUGCUAGGGGAGCCAGUGCAAAGGGUUUUUUUGAAGUCACACAUGACAUUUCUCACCUGACGUGUGCAGAUUUCCUUCGGGCACCUGGAGUUCAGACACCUGUCAUUGUCCGUUUCUCUACUGUUAUUCAUGAGCGUGGUAGCCCUGAAACUCUGAGGGAUCCUCGAGGCUUUGCUGUGAAGUUUUACACUCGGGAGGGUAACUUUGACCUCGUGGGGAACAACUUUCCUGUCUUCUUCAUUCGUGAUGGAAUGAAGUUUCCAGACAUGGUCCAUGCCCUUAAACCCAAUCCCAAGUCCCACAUCCAGGAGAACUGGAGGAUUCUUGAUUUCUUCUCCCACCAUCCAGAAAGCCUCCACAUGUUCUCCUUCUUAUUUGAUGAUUUGGGUGUCCCACAAGAUUAUAGGCAUAUGGAAGGUUCUGGUGUUAACACAUAUACCUUAAUCAACAAGGCUGGAAAAGCACACUAUGUGAAAUUUCACUGGAAACCCACUUGUGGUGUUAAGUGUCUUUUGGAGGAAGAUUGCGUCAAAGUUGGAGGAGCAAACCACAGUCAUGCAACUCAAGACCUUUAUGAUUCAAUUGCAGCUGGAAACUAUCCUGAGUGGAAACUCUACAUCCAAACAAUAGAUCCGGAUCAUGAAGACAGAUUUGACUUUGAUCCACUUGAUGUAACCAAGACUUGGCCUGAGGACAUUUUGCCCCUGCAGCCUGUUGGUCGACUGGUCUUGAACAAAAACAUUGAUAACUUCUUUGCUGAGAAUGAACAGCUUGCAUUUUGCCCUGCCAUCGUGGUACCUGGAGUAUAUUACUCAGAUGAUAAGUUGCUCCAAACAAGGAUAUUCUCCUAUUCUGAUACACAGAGACACAGACUUGGACCAAACUAUUUGCAACUUCCUGCUAAUGCUCCCAAAUGUGCUCAUCACAACAACCAUUAUGACGGCUUCAUGAAUUUCAUGCAUAGGGAUGAAGAGAUUGAUUACUUCCCUUCGAGGUAUGAUCCUGUUCGACAUGCAGAAAGGCACCCCAUUCCUCCUCCAGUUCUUACUGGAAGGCGGGAAAAGUGCAUAAUUGAAAAGGAGAACAACUUCAAGCAACCUGGCGAGAGAUACCGAUCCUGGGCGCCUGACAGGCAAGAUAGAUUUGUCCGUCGGUGGGUUGAGGCUUUGUCUGACCCACGAGUCACACAUGAGAUCCGCAACAUUUGGAUAUCAUACUGGUCGCAGGCCGAUCGUUCUCUUGGACAAAAGAUAGCUUCUCAUCUGAACUUGAGGCCAAGCAUCUAAGGUUGGGAGAGUUGCUGAUGAAUGAAGAGUGUAACAAACAUGGGGCAUAUGCGAGUUCGGGUCAUCCGAAAGGAUCAGUAGUCAAUGCUUUCCUUGCAGUAUGAUGUCAUAUACCAGCUAGGAUAUUAGCGCCAGGAGAUAUGAUCGUAUGCACAGUGUAAUAGGAACAUUUGUUUAAAAAUUGUGUCUCUUAUUACCGUAUGCUUAACCGUUUGGGGACGGUGUCAAUUUAAUAAACUGUGCUCGUAAUUUGUGUGAUAGCUCUUU